AUGGGCAAUGCUGACAAUACGCCCGAGUCUUUGAAGAAUAUCAUGUCGUCUUUGUUCGGUACGGAAUGUUCGGAAUGGCCCUUCUCAGACUCGGCUCUGACACAAGCGUUAAUGUUCAAGACCCAGCAAGAAAAAACCAAGCAGCAGUUCUACAAAUUGGAGUGUGUGAAUCGCUCGAUAGAGCUGCUCAAAACAGCAAUGAGCGCGAAUGUGCCGGGCCAUAUGAUUACGCAUUUGUUUCAAGGAUCAGGAUCAGGCGUGGAUCCGACAAACGACAAAGCUAGCGGGCUGCAGGACUCGGCCGCUCCAAACACAAACUCUUCUGGCUCCUCAGCUGCUGUGACUAGUCUUGGGUCAAAGAAACCAUCGGAAUCGAUACCCUUGAAUUACAAAUUCCCCCCCGUCAAUACUUCUGUCACUCUGCACCGAAGAACAAACUCGCCGGCGAGAAUCGGGGCUGCUGCGGUGGCAAAUCUGACGGAGAAUAAUCAGCUCAAAGAGGAGGAAAAUAACGAACUUCCGGACCCGGGGGCGCCACAUCCGCCUAACGUUGCACACCAGCGAUCCCCUCUACAAUUUCGUACGCAUCGCCGAAACUUAUCACUGCCUCUAGCACGACCCGCCCCAUUGUUACCUCAAGAGCUCCCAGCACAAUAUUCGAACAGACGCUCACAAAACCCAAUGACUUCAGUGAUAAAUUUCGGCUCCUGGCAGAGUUACGAACCAAGUCCUUCUUCGAUGAUGAUGAAAAGGCAGGGGUCGAUCAAAAAACAUCGUAAGACGAAAUCGGCAACGACAGCCUCCAACUUUGGCGUCAUAGAUCUUAAUAUGGCAAACCAGGUUCGCCUCCCAGAGCUGCCCAAAUCUCAGGACUUUUUAAAGAGAAACACAGACCACACGAACGAGGACGAAAAUGAGUUUGAUGAUCAGCAGACAUGUAGUGACCAUAGUAGUAGGGAGACAACACCAAUCAUUCAGGUUACGAAAGGACCCAAUUUUGCUAAUAAUCUCUUAAAUAGCUAG